AUGGCUGGCGUCAUUAAUGAAGCAUUUACUCCAGAAGUAAUGGAUCUCUGGCCCGUACGUGAAUACAGAUGUCACAAAGGCUGCGUGGAUAAGGUGUACACAUCGCGGAUCUAUUACAAUAUGCAUUUGAAAAAGGUUCACGAUCAGUCCAUCAGAGUGAAUUCAUACUACAAAGCCUACCAUUGCCCACAAGAAGGAUGUGUCUACCACUGUGAGCAGGAGAACGCUAAAAGUUUCCGUCAAUUGCAUACGCUGCGCUCGCACUACCAACGUUGCCAUAUGCCCGAAAUCUACAAAUGUGACCGAUGCGAGAAUACCUUUUGCAUGGAGAAGCAAUUACUAACUCAUCCUUGUCUCGCAGCCGAUGACGACAAGUGCAUUAAAUGCGGCCUCGUUCCCAACCUGAAGGACGUCAAAUCGUCCAACUGCAAGAUUUGUCAAUACCAAUUGAAUAACACCAAUCGCUAUAUUUGGCCAUAUCAUCGUCGGGGUGGUAGUUAUGCUACUCCCAAACCACUGAAAUCAUUAUCAUCAUCAUCCUCUUCGUCUUCAUCAUCGAAGAAGAAUGAGACCUACAAAUAUUGCGAAAUGUGCGAUAAGCGUUACAUAUACAAACACACUUGCAGCGAGUUUGUGUGUUUCAUCUGUCCACAUGUGUUCGAUAUGGAUGAGGCCCUCUAUGAACAUCUCAGUCGCCAUUUGAUGUCCAAUCCUGAUAUCGACAAUGAUCAAGUUUUGCUUAACGAAAUGCUGCUCCUACUCAAUAAGAUCGAAAGCAACGAAGAAGAGAAUCCUCAACUGAUCCAAGAGCUAAUUGAUUUAUAUCCAUUAUUUCAAACUGCCGAAUAA